AUGCAGGAGCCCCCAGUGCCAAGCUCGCCUCUUUUGGGCGGUGCCGCGGCGGCCGCCCGCCCCUCCCCGAGUGUGCUGCCCUACGAAGGCUUCCCCAGAACCGAUUCGUGGACUAGGGAGGAAUGUACUGGGAUGCCGGCACCUCUCUUUCAGUCUGACCAGGGUGAUCCAUCUCAUUCCAGAAAUCAAAGACAGGCAUUUCAUCCUCAUCCUUUUCAUUUUGCAGCUUGCCUGGAAAAGGAACUCCCAAAGCCAAAUCUAGAUUCUAUUAUUGGGUUUAUGGAUAAGCCAGAAAAACAUGAAAGUCGUUCUGAAGAACUGCCAUCCCACCCUCCAAGUAAACCACAAGAAAAUAAUCAUCCAUGGAGUACAAGUGAAAAUGACGUGAACUGGCUGAAACAAGAUACGCUAAAUGAACAGACUGAACUGGAGAGAAAACUUCAGGAAGCUGAGAUUGCUGCUAACUCUGUAGUGUCACUGAUACCAUUAUUUAAAGACUUCCUUGCUGGGUUUGAUAGUGAAAGUGUGAGCAGUUCAAUCGACAUAUUGAAGGCCAAGUUAGCUGAUAAUGAAAAUGAAAAUAAUGCUCUUAGAAAGAAAGUUCUGGAAAAGGAGGACUAUAUUCAGGAGCUUUCUUCUUUUAUCCAGAAAGAAAAAGCAAAUACCUUAAAAACAAGUCAGCUUUCACAUUCAGUGAAAUCCGUACAAUCUCACCUGCAGCUCCAGAUUCAAAAAAAAGAAGCUGAGAACGAUCAGUUGAAAUCACACCUGAAGAGCUUAAAAGCUAAGAUAGCUGAGUGGAAGCUACAACUGAAAACAUAUGAGCAGCAAGUUGUUACCCUGAAGCAGACAAAUGAGCAAAAGAAAAUUGCCCUGAAAAAAGCAUCUAAAGUUUGCAAAGAAAGAGCUGACUCUUUUACAACAAAUAUUGAAGAUCUGACUUCUCAGAUUAGAGAUCGGGAAGCCAAAUUGUCUGAAGCACUUUCAGCUUCCCUUGCCUGGAAAAGUCAUUAUGAGAAAGCUAUAGAAGAAAAGACAGAUUUGGAGGUCCGGGUUGAGACUCUGAAAAAGAAAAUCAUAAAUCUCUUGGAGGAACAACAAAAGAAGGAAGAUCCUGGAAGGAACUCAAGUAAAGAUUUUCUUAAAAAACUUCACUCUAGUGAUUCAGAAAAUGAAAACAUUCUUCUUGAGAAUGAAAAAUUAAAGAUCACACUUGCUGAGUUGGAGGAAAAAAUUAUUUCAGUUGAAAAUGAACGCUUGGAAUUACAAGAAGUGGAGAAAAAGCAGAAAGCCCUUGUUGAAGUGUAUAAAACUCAGGUACAAAAGUUACAAAAGGCAGUCGAAGACGUGAAAAGCAGAUAUGAAAAACUAGUUUAUGAAAAAAAGCUAAUAACGCAAACCAAAAAGUCAACAUUGGAGGAGGUGAGGGGCCAGAUGGAGUCACACUCGAAGGAGUUAGCACAUGUGCAUGGUCUGCUGGAGGGGGCUGAGCUGAAGCUGCUGGACUGUCAGCAGAGGCUCCUCUACUGCAAAGGCAGAUACACAGACCAGUCCCAAACCAUCCAGGAACUUCGGACUCAGAUUGAUGAUAAUCACAGCCUUUUGAAAACAUUCUCUUUGGAAGAGGAAAAUAGUUCCAAAUUGAAAUGUGAAAACCUUAAACAAAAAUUAGAACAGAUGGAUGCAGAAAAUGAAAAGCUUGAAAGGAAGGUGGCAAGUCAGGAAGAGUACCUGAAGAAGAACAGAUUCAAAUUUAAAGAGAAAUCUGCCGAGUACAAUGCCUUGGCCAGGCAGCUGGAAGUUGCACUAGAAGAAGGAAAACAAAAGGUUUCAGAAGAAAUAGAGAAAAUGACAUCCCGAGAACAGGCUUUACAAACAAAAAUAUCAGACCUGGAAAGUGAGCUUAGGAAAAAAAAUGAAGAACAAAACCAGCUUGUUUGCAUAUUGAAUACUAAGGAACACCACCAGGAAAUAUGUUUGAAAGAAAUACAACAUAGCCUUGAAAAGACAGAGAAUCAGAAUGAGAGUAUACUGAAUUAUGUACAGUUUCUUAAAAACUCUUAUGUAACCAUGUUUGGGUGAAAUAAUUUCUAUUUCAUUUGAUUCCAGCUUUUCUUUUGAUUUUUAUUAUGGAUCCCAAAAGUGAUUAGGUUAAAAAAAAUUACCAUUAUGCACCAAUAACAUCAGUAUGUUGUGAGUUUUGGGGGAGACCAUGCACAUGAUGGGUAAUUGAUGAUUCAGCUAACACUGGAUAAAACAAGAUGGAUGUGACCAAUUUUUUGUGAUCGGAGAAUACUUGUUGAAGUACUUUUGGCUUCAAAUGUUUUGGUUAUGUUAAAGAAGAAACCUGAAUCAUAUUAUUUCAUGAAUGCAUAGCCCAGUUCCUUUUCAGGCUGUAAUGAUUCUAGGCCCAGUUUGUUCCAGACCUGCUAUAAAUUAUAAGGCUGAAUAUAUUGAUAACAAAAAAAUAUCUGUCUGGAUUUUAGUUUUUGGUAGUUGUAGUAUAAUAUACAGAUAAUUGAAAACUCCUGAAACACUUUGGUUUAAUACCUAGUUUUGUACAUGUGCU